GAGGGGGUUGGAGGCGGGAGUGAAGUCUCGCGAGAAGAGGCGGUUGCCUGUAGCGGAGCCUUCUGGCUGUGUGUGUCUGAAGAUCCGCCGCCGGAGCCGCGGACGGUUUGUUGAGCCCGUUAGUGUCCCUGUCGUGACUCACACCGCCGUCAUGUCCCGCUACCUGCGCCCCCCCAACACGUCUCUGUUCGUAAGGAACGUGGCCGACGAUACCAGGUCUGAAGAUUUACGACGUGAGUUUGGUCGUUAUGGUCCUAUAGUUGAUGUGUAUGUUCCACUUGAUUUCUACACUCGUCGUCCAAGAGGAUUUGCUUAUGUUCAAUUUGAGGAUGUUCGUGAUGCUGAAGAUGCUUUACAUAAUUUGGACAGAAAAUGGAUUUGUGGUCGCCAAAUUGAAAUACAGUUUGCACAGGGGGAUCGGAAGACUCCAAAUCAGAUGAAAGCCAAGGAAGGGAGGAAUGUGUACAGUUCUUCACGCUAUGAUGAUUAUGACAGAUAUAGACGUUCUAGAAGCCGAAGUUAUGAAAGAAGGAGAUCAAGAAGUCGGUCCCUUGAGUACAACUAUAGAAGAUCUUAUAGUCCUAGAAACAGUAGACCGACUGGAAGACCACGGCGUAGCAGAAGCCAUUCCGACAAUGAUAGAUUCAAACACCGAAAUCGAUCUUUUUCAAGAUCUAAAUCCAAUUCAAGAUCACGGUCCAAGUCCCAGCCCAAGAAAGAAAUGAAGGCUAAAUCACGUUCUAGGUCUGCAUCUCACACCAAAACUAGAGGCACCUCUAAAACAGAUUCCAAAACACAUUAUAAGUCUGGCUCAAGAUAUGAAAAGGAAUCAAGGAAAAAAGAACCACCUAGAUCCAAAUCUCAGUCAAGAUCACAGUCUAGGUCUAGGUCAAAAUCUAGAUCAAGGUCUUGGACUAGUCCUAAGUCCAGUGGCCACUGAUAGUAUAAACCAUGAUAUUUUUAGGCAUGUAUCAUUCAUUUACUCAUAGUUUGGUUUACUUAAAUUAUCAGGAAUACAAUGUUGCAAUGAUGCUUACAAAACACUUGUCAGUUUUCCCUGUACCAGGCAAUGGUUAUAAUUAAAAUGAUAUGCUGUUGAGAAGCCACUCUUAAGAGUCCAGUUUGUUUAAUGUUAUGGGCAGCUACCAAUUUGUGGUGUCUCUGUAUAUUUUUGUAAAGAUUCUCAUUUUUUAUGCUUGAAGUAUUGGUGAAAAGAUGUUGGUUGACCAUAAUUUGCAACAUUGUUUAUUAAAAACUUUCAUAUCCAUAUUUGGUAGACCUGUUAACCUAGAAAUGUAGUUUGCUAAUAAGAUAGAAUGAUCCAAAAGUGAAGUUGUAGCCACAGUACACUGACCGAUCAGACACAUGUAGGUUCAGGGUGGACCUUUUUGUCUUGUCAAGAUGUCUAGGCCCAUAAGAAUAGUUAUUAAUUUACGACACAGUGUGGAAUAGUUCUUUUAUUAACCCCAUUGUUUUAGGGAAUGAGGCCAACUGGGUUAAGUAGCAUUUUCAGACAUUGAGUUUUUGACUGAAACAUGGAGCCUUCACUGCUUUUUUUCUGGUUUCUAUAAAGAUUUGAAACAUACAAACAUCAGAAAAACUCACCUUAAAAUUUUGAGCAGGUCAAUGAUGGCAGAAAUAAUUUUAAGGGGAAAAAAAUACUCCUACUUAGUUACUCUAAAGUUGAAGGAACAUUGUUGACCAUGAUACGGUUUAGUUUCCUUGCUGCUGUUAAAAGCAAGUAAAUUGUUUCAAAGUAGGUUUGUGUGUGUGCGCAUAGUGUAAGAGAACUGAGUUUUGAUGCUUAUAGCACUUGGUGUGUGCAUUUGUAUCAAAAUUUGCCUACCUCUAUGAAGGAGGCUCGUUCAUCACAUCUCGAUGUAGCCAAUGUGAGGCAGGUUGAAUGGCAGCACUCCCAUUCUAGGUGAUUCUGUGGUGCCAUAAAAUUUACAAUAAUUUUGGAAAAAGAAUUGACUUUAAAUAUGAGUCACAUCUCUUUGAGUUUUUUUGUUACAGAUGUGUAGUAGUACCUGACUAAAAGUGAGAAAAUAAUACCCUUAACCAUUUACAAUUUCUAGCAUUUCUCUGAGAGAUCAUUUGGGGGGCAAUAAAAGUGACUUGACAUGUCCAGUCUCAUUUCACAGUAAAAGCUAGCAUCCUUAAAAUUUUUAGAUUGCUUGCUUGCAGGUUAUAAGUAAGAAAUAUUGUGAGGAAAUUAUUCCUUUUAGAGGAUUUUUUUUUUUCAAUUUUAGUUUUAGUAAUCUAGGCCUUGCCUGUAAAAGAACAAAAGAUGGUUUUUAAAUACUGUUUGUGGAAUGUGUUUAAAGGAUUGAUUCUAGAACCUUUGUAUAUUUGAUAGUAUUUCUAACUUUCAUUUCUUUACUGUUUGCAGUUAAUGUUCAUGUUCUGCUAUGCAAUCAUUUAUAUGCACGUUUCUUUAAUUUUUUUUAGAUUUUCCUGGAUGUAUAGUUUAAACAACAAAAAGCCUAUUUAAAACUGUAGCAGUAGUUUGCAGUUCUAGCAAAGAGGAAAGUUGUGGGGUUAAACUUUGUAUUUUCUUUCUUAUAGAAGCUUCUAAAAAGGUAUUUUUAUAUGUUCUUUUUAACAAAUAUUGUGUACAACCUUUAAAACAUCAAUGUUUGGAUCAAAACAAGACCCAGCUUAUUUUCUGCUUGCUGUAAAUUAAGCAAACAUGCUAUAAUAAAAACAAAAUGAAGGAAAUAAUGAUUAACUGGAAUUAUUAUAGUUUUGAAUGAGAUUCUAAAAUAACAAUGGAAACAAUCCUUUGUAGAUUUAGGAAUAGUUUUGAUCAGUGUUACACUAGGCAUAACUAACUUUUACUUUGGAAAUGAUAGAACUUGCCAGCAAGGUUACGUCUUUUACAGAGUACUUAAAAAUUCCUUAUAUGUAAUGUCAAAGCCCCUUGGGUUAAACAACUUGGAGGUUAUUGGUAGUGUUAAGAUACGUAUUAAAAUGAAAUUUGGGUCAGCUAAUUGUAAGUUCAUAUUUUCAUUAUUGGAUAGACCAAUAAUUCUGCUCUUCCCCGUUGUAAACACAAUGUGUUGGGCCUUAUGUUUAUGGCUUGAUUUAAAAUACUUUGGCAUUGAAUGUUGGUGAGCAGUUAAUAUUUAUUAAUUGAUAACCAUUUUGGGGAACUGGUUUUAGUGUUUUGUGGUUUGAAUUCUAGUUGCUAUAUAAUGACAAUUAUAACUGAUACUUACUAUUUAUGAUGUGCCAGACACCGUUCUAAAAGCUUUAUGUGUUAACUCAUGUACUCUUCGCAAAACCCUAUGAGAAAGAUACUUUUAUUUUCCCCAUAUCACAGAUAAGGAAAUUGAGACACAAAGGCUAUAAAAGGCGAAUCCAGGGUUUGAGCCCAGGCCUGGUCCUUAAAUGAUUUUUCUUAAUGGACUAUAAUUUGAGAGAGAUUGAGGAGAUUGUUUUCAGUCUCUAUAGAAUUAGAAGGCCUGAUAUUUUAUUUUAUUUUUUUUACUUGUGUCACUUAUUAUUAGACUCGACUAUUUUCAAGAAAUGUAUAUGAUAUGUCUAAAGUGACAUACCUAACAGCUUCAAAAGGACUAUAUUAUAGUUGAACCCAUGGUAGUUAGGAUCCUGCCGAUGAGGGUCCUUAUGUAGUGCUUUGAUUUUGGGUGACAUAACUUGAAUUCCACGAUUACUGAGUAACUACUGUGUCUGGCACUGUGCUUGAUAUAUUAGAGUAGAACAUAUCAAGACUCAAGUGAGGGCUGACAUUUCACCUCUUUUUUUACUUAAGAUCUCUCUGCAUUGUUUUUUUAAGCCAAGUAAGCAAGAAGAAAAAUUACCGAUAAUGCUUCAGUGAGAAAGGAAAGGUGCUACAUAGAGUAUGAGAUAUUAAGUUACAACCCAGGGGAAAGACCUGGGAACUAUUGUACUAUUUUCUUGAAAGUUUGGCCCAGUAAGCUGCUACAUCCAGUUCAACUAACAAAAUCCUGUAUACCACAGAGAAGAAUAAAGAAAACCAAACUGACAAACAUCCUUCUUUUAUUUAAGACCAAACUGCAGCUGGAAUACCCAGUACAGUUCUGCUUACUACACUUCAAGAAAGAUCUGAGAAAGCGGAAAAAGAACCAAAGAAGGGCAGUUCAAGCGACCAAAGGGUGGGUGGAAGGUGCUGCAGUAUGAAUACUGUAUGAGUAUUUUGACUCUGGUCCGAAAAGAUAAAAGAACGUUAUUGAAACUACAUGGAAUAAUUGAAGUCCCUUCAAGUUUGAAAGUAAGCAUUUUAGGACAAAUAAAAGGAAACUCAACUUUGUACUUGUGGAAACUAAUCCCUAAAUCUGAAUAGGUUUAUGUUAAUUCAUGGGUAACAGGUCCAUAAUAAAUUACUGGAAACUAGGAUGUCUGAAUAUCAAGACAGCCAUCGUCUCUUACAGUACCUCUCUGUUGGUCUGUCUCAAACUGAAUUGGGUGUGAAAAGGUAUGGUUUGAUAUAAACUUUUUCUUGGUUAUCUCUUAAAGUCAGUUCCAUUUUUGCUAUUGGUAAAUCUUGCCUUUGUUUUAUUCUAGUGCCAGUGUUUUCUGCUUAAUGGUUUGUUUUAUUGGCAUCCGAGUUUAUUUACCUGUAUGCCACGUGCAGUUUACCUCUUCCUUAAACAACUCUCAUUCCCAGGUAAAUUCCAAACUUAAUAUCCAGCUAAGAGGUUCCAUCUCUUCUCACCUCUUUCCUAGUCAAUGUAUUCAGCCAUCAUUUACUGAGCCCUUACUGUGGGCAAAAAUUGUACUGGGUAAUCGGGGAGAAAAAUAGAUAAAAUUCACUUAUUUAAUAUCUACUGAGCACAAUCUAGUGAAUAAAUAUCACAGUAUGGCCUCAUUGUUUUGUUUGAGGUGUAUUAUUUGUGACAGUAUUUUACACCAUUCAUAUCCUAAUGUGAUUAUAAAACCCAAUAUAUUAUCAAAGAUAAGUAAUUUUGUGGUUACCUGCCAUUUAAAAGUAUCCAGUAUUUCUGUUUGCAUCCCUUUAAUACAAAUAAUGAAAAACUGUUUGAAUCUGUAAUAAACUGAUUUAUUGUGCAGUGACUGUAAUAUUACUAGAGUUAUAGUAAAUUGUUAAUUCUGCCUCCUCAAACACAUUAGGAAAUAAUCCCCCCGAAGUAUUUAACUUUGCACUAUACAUAAAGGAGACUCUGGGUGCUAUAUUAAGAUUAUUUUGAGGCAAACAGAGCUGUUAUCCCAACUGAUCGGUAUGUUCUGUAAUUGAGAAAAUGUUCACCAAGUUAUACUUUUUAGUGAUUUACAUGUACAUUUUAUAGGGGACAUGUUCUGUGUAUAGUGAAUAAAUAACUUUUAUAGUAUCAAAAUGUUUUGGAUUCCUUAGUUCCUUAUUAGGAUAUAAAGCUUAUUUACCAAUAUAUUGGUUCUACCGCUCACAUAUUCAUAUUUCUGCUACAGUUUAAACUUCCCACAUAAAGAUCUUUGUCUAAGAAUAUGGACAUCUUUAAGCCUUUAAUUUAUAAAGACAUUACUAAGGGAGGUAUGAAAUGUUAGGUUAUUUUUACCUUUUUUUUUUUUUCAAACUUGCCCAAGAUCACACAGUAAGUGGCAGGCCCUAGAUCUGAGUCCAUGAUUUUCCAUUUGGUUCAUCUUUGUUACUGUUUUGUGCUUGUUUUUUUAAUCAAAUGGGAAAAUCUUUAUAACUUAAUAAAAUUAAUGUAAUGGAAUAGAGAGUUCAUUUAGAGGGAAGAUCUAAUAGAUUUAUAAAAUAAGUUUAAAAAGUUACAAAAGGUAUUUUGUUUGUAACUUCUGGGUGAAAGAAGUCAAAUGUAAACCAAGAUUUCACAGCUGUUGUGCCUCUUUCCAGCCUGGUUUUCCAAAUUUCAGUCUCCUUGUAUUGCAUUCUGAUUCAAAUUCCUGUUUAUAAAAUCCUGAGGUAUUUUGAAAUGAGGCGGCUGUGACUUCAUAGUAGUAGCUCGGGAAUAAUCUAAUGGCAUUCUACCAGGUGUAGCAAAGCUUUUCAGAGACCCAGGAGUCAGCUUCUCAGGAUAAAUGAAGGUAAGCAACCUGUCUUCAUUCAACUACUGAAAUCUACAAGACAUAACUAGUUGCUAUGGAAAAGUUCUCUGGGUUUUUUUCCUCUGCCCCCUCCUCCAACAGUGUUAAUGUUUAAUUACAUUUAUGUAUUCCUAACAGUUAUUUCACCCUUAUAUUAAAGAUAGGAUUUUUUGGUUGUUGUUUGGAAUAAAAAGGCAUGUAAAUUCAUUUCAUUGAUAACUGACAGUUUAAGUAAAAGGCCUUGGAGUUUUUGUAGAUCACAUCUCUGAAUGCUGGAGAGUGAAAUAAACUGGUCUAGGAGCCCAAAA